UAAUAUAGAUAACGAUAAGACGUUUGAAGAUACGAAAAAACAUUUAAUUAUUAAUGGUGGUCAAAUUAAAGUGAAAGGCCAAAUAUACCGAAAAAUCUGAAAGCUCGUGUAGCAAGUACAAAAUUAUGAAAAUGUUUUUCUACUUAAUUUUUAUUUCUAUGGAAUACGAGUUUUUAUUUGUACAUCAGACACAAAUUUUUGAAAUUUUUUAAAUCAUUCGAUAUCGUCUAUUGAUGUCGUUUUCUACCUCCCUCGGAACGAAUGGAAUGAGAGUUCGUCGCGCGAUAGGCGUAUAUUCUUGGCGCGACCUACCUUAAGUAAACUUACACUUUCGUUUAAGCACCACUGUGUAACAGGAGGGACUAAACGUAGGAAACAGAGAGGAGGUUUACCGCCUCCAUUUCUUUCUGUCGCGUGAGAAUUGCAAGUGAUUCGUUGUUAUUUAUCGCGAUUACCUCGUGCUUUUUCCAAUAGUUUAUCGCGUGCCUUUAGCCUCCUCCUUGUUUUUCUCUUUUUUUCUUUUUUCCCUCCUUCCCUUUCUUUCUUCUUUUUUAUCUCUUUCACACGACCCUCAAACUUCACUACUCCAUUAACUUUUAUGGCAUUUGCCCCUUUGGUCUGUUCACUUUUUCUUCAGACGAAACAGACGACACCAGGCUGCGUGCAACGUGAAUGUGACACCGAAGUUCAAGCUUCGUUGACAACGAUCAUGACGCAUACCCAACCGUGGACGACGAUGGCGUCGCUGGGGAAUAAAGUGGAUGAGCAAGUCGCCAAGGCACCGCAGCAAAAUGGACGGAGGAACGAGGAACAACUGCAGAUGGAAGACAUUCAUGACAAUAACAACGAGAGCAUCGAGGUCGAGAUGGUGGUGCCGCCGGAUGGUGGAUGGGGUUGGGUGAUCGUCGCAGCCUCCUUCAUGUGCAAUCUGUUCGUGGACGGUAUCAUCUUUAGCUUCGGUGUCUUUUUAAACGACAUAUCGGACGCAUUUGCGGUGUCCAAGGCGAGAGUGGCUCUAGUUGGCUCCCUGCAAUCCGGAUUUUAUCUUAUGGCUGGUCCAUUCGUGUCAGCGUUGGCCAACAGGUACGGUUUCCGGUUGGUCGCGAUCCUCGGAAGUGUGAUAAGUUGCAGUGCUUUCGUUCUCUCGUACUUCAGCACUUCCAUCGAGUUCCUUUAUAUCUCUUACGGCGUGCUCGGAGGUAUCGGGGCAGGCCUGAUUUACGUGCCGGCUGUGAUAACUACCGGAUUUUAUUUUGAAAGAUGGCGAGCACUGGCCACCGGGAUCGCGGUCUGCGGAUCCGGAAUCGGCGCCUUUCUGCUCGCGCCUAUCUCAGACGUGCUGGUCAAACGAUUCGGUUGGAGGGGUGCGUUACUCUUCCAAGCAGGAAUGCUGUUGAAUUGCUCCAUUUUCGGCGCCAUGUUCCGUCCACUGAAACCAACACGGAUUAAGGUGAAAUCCACCCCGGAAAACGCUGGUUUAGAAGUAAAGAAUAGCUUGAUAGGAAGGGGAGUGUCCAUGGCAUCAUUGCACUGUGUCCAACCAGAAAGAAGUGGUUUCUUUGGGACAAACAACAAUACAGAUUACCCCACUGCCGCAGAAUUACUUGGAAGCAACCCCAACAUAGUAAAUGCUUCCAAGUCUCUACAUUCUCUUCACAAGAUUCACGUGGAGCUACGAACACUAGAGAGAAAGUUGAGCAACUCCGAGAAACGACUGUCAGUCCCGAUAUAUCCAGAGUUGGACAUGAAUAUAGAUGAAAAAAUCGUGGAGGAGGAGAAUAAUCUCCUCGGUGGAGAUGUUGAAAGACUGAAUGGCAAAGUGCCCACGAUUCGCAGGCACACGAUCAGCGGUAGACGACAGCGCGCGGACUCGGAUUGUAGCCAGAAAUCGUUGAAGAUGGGCAACAGGCGUAACCCAUUUAGCAAGGAUCCUCAGAGACCGUUCUACAGGGAUGAUAUCUUUUAUGGCGGAUCUCUGAACAGGUUGCCACAUUACAAAUCUCAGCAAUCAUCCGUUGGCUAUCACAUGUCCGUCACGCGUUUGCCGACUGCAACGGAUGUCGCCGAGCAAGAAAGCGGAACUUGCUACAUUUGUCCAGAGAGCGUACGUCGAAUUCUUACUACUAUGCUCGAUAUAAGCCUUCUGAAGAGCCCUUCCUUCUUGAUCCUGGCCAUAUCUGGUGGGCUCACGAUGAUGGGUUUCUAUACACCCUUCAUGUACGUUCCAGAUCGAGCCCAAUUGGCAGGCAUCAAGGCCUCUACUGCUAUGUUCCUCGUAUCUGUGAUUGGUAUCGGCAAUACCAUUGGUCGUGUAGUGUGCGGAUUGGCCAGCAGUUUGCCAGGAGUUAACGCUUUGGUCGUCAACAAUAUAUUCAUCAGCGCUGGUGGCCUUUUGACCAUUUUCUCCGGGCUGUCGCUCAGCCAGAGCUUUCAGUUCUUUUACGCUGCUGGGUUUGGCAUUAGUAUAUCUGUCUUCGCCUCUCUGCGAUCGAUUCUCGUGGUUGAUCUUUUGGGGUUGGAGAAACUAACCAACGCUUUUGGACUGCUUCUUCUGUUUCAAGGUGUGGCAGCCGCCAUUGGCGCGCCUCUCGCAGGUAUGUUCAUGGACGCAACCGGAAGCUACGAUGCCUCGUUCUACCUGUCCGGCAGUUUGAUCCUUCUCUCGGCUGUGAUCUGUUAUCCCUUGAAGAGGGUUAAUCUAUGGGAGACGAAGAAGAACGCCGACAAGAUCAGCGACGACCCGUCCUAGUCCAACCGUUGAUCGACGUCAAACACCAAACAGAACGCCGUAGACUGAAGUCUAUCACGUAUUCUCGUUGUCGGUCGCCGUGUGUCUUUGUACAUACUAACGCGUAAAUAAUUUAUAACACGACUGUCCGAAUCGGUGAUUAAUUCGUGCCGACAUUGAGACGCAAUCAUCAGAGAACAGCAGAGGGGUUCCAUUCGCGUUUUUUAUCUUCGAAUUUAUAUCGAUCUUCGAGAUUAAACAGGACACGUUCACCGAAAUCAUCCAGAAUCGGUUUCGUUAGAGAUCAUUCGAAUUUAUCAGCCAAACAGUCGAAUUCCUUUCAAAAUUAAUCCAUUUCAAUCCUGUUUAAUCUGUGCCGAAAUUAUCCUGUUUUGGAUCUACCAUAAAUGUUUUGGGCGAGUGCAAUAGAUUUCGUGGACCCACAAAGGAAGGAGGAAUACCGUCCAGAUUUUCACGAUUUCGAAGUUAUGAGUUUUAUGGGAAGGCGGAUCUGACACAUCCAAGCUUUGCAUUUUCAUGAAACGAAUCCUAUCAUAUUACACGAGCACCACCUCCUACGAUUCAUCGUUGUUUUGCUUUUAUUCGCCGACGGUAUCUCGCGAUGAAAUGGUCGAGGAUCGUGGGAGUUUUUUUUUUUUCUAGAUCCUUCGACGAUAAAUAUCGUUAUGUUUCCACGCAGAGAUUUCUUAUCGCGACGUUUCCUAAGUUACCGCUUGGGACGAUUAUUAUUAAUUGUCGAUCUCUCGUCAAAAUUUCACGAAACGAGAUUUUAAGAAAGGAGAUUACGAGAUCUUCAAGUUUAUGUUUUAUCUCGGGGAUUCUACAUAUACGAACUGCCCAUACAAUCGUACAAUCGUAUGUAGCUUAGUUGUGUCACGCUAGAGAUGUACAUAUUCCUUUAUCCGUGCUCGAGGAGUUUGUAUCUCGAAGGCAUUAUGCGUGUGCAUAUUGUUGAUGAAUCGAUCGAUUAGUUUUCGGAAUCUAUCUUGUAAAACACGUUUCAUAAGCGACGCAACAAAUGUACGGCGAAGGCGUAUGUACUUGCAUAAACGAGUACGCGUAAUCUCGAUAGAUCGUGUUAUUUCUUAGCAUCGAUUAAUUAUUAAACCAACAUUUCGGCGGCGUGGGCCGGGUGUUUGGCCGAUCCUUAGGUGUUAAGAACUUGCU